AUGGCAACCCCAGAGUCCAAUCUCUCGUCCUCUCCUACAAUGGAGAAGACCGACACCAACACAGCAGCAUCUUCUUUCGGUAUACACGAGAACCAACUCGCACGACAGAUUAGCGAGGCACAAGUCGAAAAGGGCUUGCGCCAACGGUCUUCAGAAAGAAGCAACGAUGAUCCCACGUCCACACGCGACAACGUGCGGAAGAUUACAGGAGUUAAAUGGUUCCUCCUCUGCACUGCUCUCUACACUACAGCAUUGCUGUAUGGUCUCGACACAACCAUUGCAGCCGAUGUCCAGGGCGCAGUCAUCGAAACCUUUGGCAGUAUCAGCCAGCUCGCCUGGCUUGGUGCUGGGUUUACUCUGGGUUCCGCCGCAGUGAUCCUGCCGUAUGGCGCGCUGUACGACAAGUUCUCUCUGAAAUACUUGUAUAUUGCGGGAAUAAUCCUCUUUGAAACGGGCUCUGUACUUUGCGGCGCGGCGCCGUCCAUGAGCGCUCUUAUUGUUGGCCGAGUGAUUGCCGGUGUUGGGGGAACGGGCAUGUAUCUCGGCGUUCUCAACCACCUCUCAGCCCUGACAACACGAGAAGAAAGAGGCACAUAUAUCAACGGAAUCGGGUUUGUUUGGGGUGUCGGAGCGUGCUUGGGCCCUGUGGUCGGCGGCGCCUUUUCCGAUUCUUCGGCUACAUGGCGCUGGGGGUUCUAUAUCAACCUUGUGAUCGGUGCAGCUACAUCACCCAUCUACAUCUUCAACCUACCAAACAUCCACCCAUCUUCUUCUUCUGUUGGUAUAUCUGUAUGGCAGCGAAUCAGAAACAUCGACUACGUCGGCAGCCUCCUCAGCGCUGGAAUGUGGGUGUCCUUUGCGCUCUCGUUUGUCUUUGCCGGCGGAGUCUGGAGCUGGCAUGACGGACGCACCAUUACUACCAUCACAGUCUUUGGCGUUCUCACUAUCGCAUACGCACUACAACAAUACUUUGCCAUUUUCACGACACCCUCGACACGCUCAUUCCCGAUUCAUCUACUCAAAUCGCGAACACAGGUUCUAACCGCCGUCUGUUCGGCAGCAAGCUUUGUCGGCCUCAACGUGCCCACGUAUUUCAUCCCCAUAUACUUCCAAUUCGUGCAAAACGACACCGCGCUAGACGCAGCAGUGCGUCUUCUUCCAUUCCUGCUCGUGACCGUGGCGUUUAAUCUCGCAAGUGGCUAUUUCUUGUCAAAAAUCAAAUACUACAUGCCGAUAUACAUUGUCUCGGGCAUCCUAAUCACAAUCGGCGGAUCCCUCAUGUACAUUUUUCUCAAACCGGAGACGUCAACGUCUGCCAUUUACGGCAUCAGCGUCGUGCUCGCUAUCGGCACGGGCUUGACCAUGCAGAUCGGAUACGCUGUAGCCACACUCAAAGUUUCCCCGGAAGACGUCACAAACUCGCUCAGUGUGCAAAACGUGAGCCAAAUCGGGGGCACGACAAUCUGUCUAAUCAUGGCCGUUUUGAUUUUUGAAUCUGCCGCGGUCCGCAAUGUUGACAGCGUUCUGGCUGGCCAAGGGUUCUCAGAAGACCAGAUCCGGGCCGCGGUGGCGGGCACACGCAGUGUGCUUUUUGAGAAAUUGAGUGGUGAGCUCAAGACGCAGGUGAUAGCGGGUAUUACAAAGGCGAUUCAGACUUCUUUUAUUUUGGUUAUUGUGGCUGGGGCGAUGAUUGUGGUGAGUGGGGUGGCUAUGAAGAGGGAGAAAUUGUUUGGAUAG